AUGUUUAUUUUUGUUUGUUGUUUAGAUAUGUUGGAACUUGCAGAGCGGAUGUUAUUUUUGAAUGGAUGGCCAGUGAAGUCCGUGAUUGCUCUUUCUUCCCUGCAAUUCCGAAUUGCUGGUAAAUUAAUGGUAAUUUCAAUUCUACAAGGAGGCCCUGCACCAAACUUCUUAGAUUCAGAAGUGUAUGCAUAUAUCAGUAGAACAACUUUGGACCCAGAUAAAAAUACUAACAUCGUGAGCAAGAAUAUUGCAAAAAAUGUAAGUUUUUCAUUUGUUGAUUACUGUACAGUUAGGAAUUACAGAAAUAGAAAGCAAACUAAAGCAUGUAUUAUUGUCCAUAAAAAUGUAGGGAUCUGUUUUAUCUUUUAUCAAAAUGAUGAUAUGUCAGCUGAUAAAGAUGUACAGUGUACAGUAAUCUUCUCUAGUACUUAAACUAUUGACAUAAUUAACCCAUUAGCUGGCAAUACACCCAAUGUGCCCCACUUUAUGGUCUACAAGUUCGAAAUCAGUGGUAGAGUACUGCCAGUAAACAUAUACUGUAAGUAUAUAUAAGAUACUGCUGCCGGUAAUAUACUCAAAACAUUCUGUUCCGGUUUGCUCCAGGGUCAGUGGGUCACUAGUAAUUUGUGCAAAUUGUACAAGUUAAUGUUUGUAUUUUUAAGUAAUACUAUCAUUACUGGAGACUUAUAUUUCUUUUUUAAAAAAAGUAUUUUUAUUGUUAUUAAGCUUGCAAAUGCCAAAACUGAUGAAGAGGUCCAGUCUAUUUUAACACAAGAUGAUACUCUUGAUGUGCUCGACAGCAUAGGCUACAGAAGAAUUCCGCAGAGAGAGACGACAACAUCGGUGAUUAAUGUUAUCAGGUUAUUCUUGAUUAUUAUUUUUUCUAUUCUGCUCUUCUUUUUCAUUGUUUGUAUUCUAUGUAAAAUCAAUGUCAAUACUUGCCUGUGUGGCAAAUACUUUCAGAAAACUACAUCUGCAGGGUGUGACGUCAUUACACAAUAUUGAGAAUGAUCUGUAGGCCAAUCAAAAGCAAUAUUGUAUAUUAUGUAAUGUGUAAUAAUAAACAUACAGUAGGUCGAUUUUGCACCCCCCCCCACCCCACACACCCACACACACACACCCCAGAAAAUCCGCCCAUGACAAUAAACAAUUAUUGAAUGUGGUUGAACAUGAUAUGAAGAAUUAGCCUUUUCCCAAUAGAGCAGAGUGCUGGGUCUAGUUGUACACCGCAAAGCAUCUCUAAGGGAUUGUUUGGAGGGACAAACGACCAGACUUGUACUCCAUAAUCACAAAAUAAUCCAUAGGUGAUACCCAAAUAAUCCAUAGGUGCUUUGCGGUUCACAACUAGACCCAGUACUCUGCUCUAUUGGGAAAAUGCUAAUUAUCAAGCCGAUGUUUCGUGUUAAUAAUAAUUAAGAUACAAUUAUUGGACAAGAUUGGCCAAUUAAAAGUAGACCUGGAUUUGUCAGACCAAUUAUUUACAUAUGACGUUGUUAAAGACAAAUUGUAAUAUUUUGGGAUAACCAUGUUUACUAAUAAUAUUUGUUUUAUUAUAAUUCACUAUUCAAUCAUAUUGCAGAAGUUCAAACUGACAUGGAUUUUAUGCAAUUUUUGUGGCAUAAUUCUGAAUAUCCUCCUUGAGCAGCCAAUCAUUAGCACUACCGGUAUGUAACAAUUUUAUCUUCUGCAUUUCAAUUGUAGAUCAAACAAGAUCAGUUUUCAGCAUUUUUGCCGCAGUUGAUGCAACUGGAAGAAGGGUUGUCUGUUUGUAAUGUGUUGCAGUCAAUCCAGGAAUUUCCAAGUGUUUGGAAAGUGUUAUUCCAACCAAGCCUGGAAUUUCAGAUGAAUAGUGAGAAGUUCCUAGAUGAAGCUGUUGUGGAAUACAUCACUUCACAGGUGCUACGGGAGAAAGAGAUUACAACGUACAAGUUCUUUUCCGAUAUGGUACUACUUUUAGAUGAUGGUGAGUGUUGUCUCAGUAUAAUUCUAUUUUACCUCUUCACAAUGUAAUCAUAAAGUCUCAUAUCAUAAUCAAAUCAUAAAUAUCACAAAUCAAAUCAUAGAUCUACAUUCUCAUCUAAUAAUUUUUAAUUAUUCAGACUAAGGUGAAGUUUAUUUGCCAAAGCGAAGUUGUGGUGGAUAACAUUGACCGAAUUAUUCUUGAAUUUGAUUUCAUUUGAGAUUUGCCUCAUCACACUCAUGAUUCAUCCGGAUAAGUUCUCAUAAAAUCAUUGCGAUAAAAUUAUACCCCUACCUUACCCUUACCCUACCCUACAUUACCAUACUUCACCCCACACUACCCCACCAACAUCUCACCAUAUUUUCAAGAUUUUCAGGGUAUCUAGUGGUUUAUUGUAUUCAAUAUAUAGUUUUAUUGUAUUCAAUAUGUUUUAUUGUGUUUGGUCGGUUUGCAGCACGAUCUCGAUUUCGGCUUUGCAUCAGUUUGGCAAAUCAUACACGCACACAACACACCCCUGAGUAUUAAAACAAUUCAAACAUGUCACACAAUGGCUCCAAAAUGGGCAGUGAGCACCCACAGCGUAUCAGGAUCCAGAUACCGCACCCACUUUUUCGGUCCAAUUUACUACCAAAUUACAAACAACAAAUGUAUUAAUGUAAUAGAAAAGCAUUUUGAUGAAUUUGAGAAAAAGCUGAAUAGAGUAAAUACACCUUUUUAAGAGUGGUUCUAAACAAGUUGAUUUAAUUUAGGCACUGACGUCAUUGAACAUUGUUACAUAGUCGGCUCGAUGCCACCAUGAUACCAUCUCUCAAUCUGAUUAGAGCUGAUUAAACUUUGAUUUCAUUUUUCAAGGAAUUGAUGGUAUUUAUUUGAAAGAUUUCAUCAAAUGGAUGACAGGAUCUAAAACUAUACCUCCUCUUGGAUUUCCCAAAAAGUUUUCAGUGAAAUUUGUCCAUGGUUGUGCUGAAGCAUGCCGCUGUCGACCCACUGUUUCAACAUGUGAUAUAUCCUUAAAAAUGCCAGUUCACCUGACAACAGAAGAAGACAUGCGUGAAAUAUUCAUAUCAGCAAUCAAAGAUUGUGCUGGCUUUAGAAACAUUUAG